UAUAAAACUGAUUUAGUUUUCAGCUGAAAACAUACGACAAAGUACUAGCUAUCUACGGUAAAAAAUGAAAACCUACAUUUUGGUAACUUUAGUGGCAGCAGCUUUAUGCCUGCAAGGAGCCCAAACAGCAGCAUUGUAUGCUGAGGAUGGUAAUGUAUCAAUCAGCACCAUCGAUUUUGGCACAGCCUUGAAAAUGUACUACACUGCCUUUCAAAAAAUAAUGCCUUGUGGUUUUCCUCCCCUCAAAAUACCUGUCUUGGCACCCUUCUCUAUGGAUUACUAUUCCUUCAAUCUAACCAAUGGCUACUACAAAAUUAGUGGCAACGUUUCCAAUUUGGUGGUGACCGGUUUGAAUAACUUCCGUGUGUUGGGUGGCAACUUCAAUACCACCACCAAUCGCACCUCCUUUGAUUUAAUCUUCCCCGAAGUUCAAGGUUUGGGUGAAUAUGAAAUGGAUGCCAUGGCUUAUUUGGCCGGUUUCCCUGCCCAAAUGGCUGGUAAAGGUUUAUUAAAUGUCAAAAUCGUUGACUUCCGUAUGGUGGGUGAGUUUGCCCUAACACCCAGUUUGGAAAAUCCCAACAGUUUAAGUGUUUCUGAUUUCAAUUUACACUUCUAUGUGGGCAAUGUCAUCAAUAACAAUUGGAACACUUUGUGGGACAUAUCAUUCAAUAAUUUUGUCAAUAAAUUUGGCAGUGAAUUGACUUUGAUGUGGGCUCAACAGAUACAAGUGCAAGUAGAUGAAAUCUAUGCCCAACUUUUAUUGCCCAACAUCAAUGGCAUGUUGAAUGAUGUGUCGAUGUCAAAAUUAAUUGAAUUCUUUGUUUCACAAAGUAUGGAAUUCGAUAUGGCUAAUUGUACUUUGGAUUAAAGUCUCAAUGAGUGAAGAAGUAUUUAAUAAAUAGCACAUUUAAACGAAAUAAAA